GAAAGAAAUAAGCUAAAUUAAGCAAAAGCAAAGCCUAUACAGUGACCAUAAGUGAAUCCUUCCCUUUGUUAUAUAUUGCAGCGGAGGAAGGAAACGGCGGCGCUUUGCUUCGGGGAUGACGGUGAUCAGAGAGAAAGGGGAUGAGGGAGUAGAAGGCGGCGGUUCCACGGUGUUGGUGGGUGUCAAACUUGACGCUGACAGCAAGGAAUUGCUGACAUGGGCGCUUGUCAAGGUGGCUCAGCCCGGUGAUCAGGUCAUUGCCCUUCACAUCCUUGAUUCUGCAACUGAGAGUCCGGGGUCGGUUCUGUCUCUUGUGAAGCAAUUUGAUUAUACGCUAGCGGUUUACGAAGGCUUCUGCAACCUAAAACAGGUGGAUUUGAAGCUAAAAGUGUGUAGAGGGUCAUCGCCAAAGAAGAUUCUGGUAAGGGAAGCCAAGUCUUUCGAAGCAGCUAAGCUAGUUCUGGGAACUACCAAAACCAAGAACCCGAUACAGUCGCCUACCUCCGUUGCGAAAUUUUGCGCCAAAAAGUUACCCAAAUGUUUCUCUGUUUAUGCUGUUCAGAAUGGCAAAAUCUUGUUCCAAAGGGAAGCAAUUCAGACAAUCGUGAACCGGUCACAAGACAAUGGUUCACAGGAUAAGAGCAUUGUCCGUUUAGUGUCCUUGCCGAAGAGUAUAAGAGCUGAUAAUGGCAAUUCGAAAUCUGGUUUGUUUUCGAGGCAUAAAACGUUAAAGAAGAAUUGUGAAGCCAGUGCUUCAGCAGAAAAUUCUAACUUCCAAUCUCCGGAAGAGGUAUCCUUGGUACAGUUUCAAUCGAGUGAGGAUAACGUUGUUCUGGUUAGAAAGUUGCCUGGUUGGUCGCUUCUCCGUUGGGUGUUUUUACCCAAGCGGCAUCACUCGGAGAAUUCUUCUGCAAAGAAAUCUGUGGACCAAUGGGUGUUAAAAUCACCAAGCCAGCAUUCCUCAGCUGUUGUUUAUCCUGAUCUACGGCAGAAAAAUAAUCAUUCUUCUGAUUUGGACGGAGAAACUGGUGCAAUUGUGCCAGUUGGCUGUGAGGCUAUUUGUCCUCUGUCUCCUAGUGAUUUUCCGAAAGAGCUACAAAGUUUACUUGAGAAAUCCUCUUCUUCAUAUAGAUUGUUUAGUUAUGAAGAGCUUUUGGAAGCCACCUCUAGCUUCAUGCCAGAGAAUCUGGUAGGUAGAGGUGGUAGCAGUCAUGUUUACAGAGGGUGCCUUCCCGAUGGCAAGGAACUGGCAGUGAAAAUCGUUAAACCAACUGGGAAUGCAAUCAAAGAGUUUGUUCAGGAAAUUGAGAUCAUUACGAGUUUAAACCAUAAAAGUCUCAUUUCCUUAUUUGGGUUCUGCUUUGAGGAAAACAAGUUACUUUUGGUUUAUGAUUUCCUCUCCAGGGGAAGUCUAGAAGAGAACCUAUAUGGCAAUAGGAAGGAUAACAACGCAUUUGGCUGGCAGGAGAGAUAUAAGGUGGCGGUGGGCUUAGCUGAGGCGCUUGAUUAUUUGCAUAACGGUUGUGAACAACUUGUGAUCCACAGAGAUGUGAAAUCUUCCAACAUUCUUUUGUCCGAUGAUUUUGAGCCCCAGCUGUCAGAUUUUGGACUUGCUAGUCGGGUCUCAAGUUCUGCAUCUCAUACGACUAGCAUGGAUGUUGCCGGAACCUUUGGUUACUUUGCUCCUGAAUACCUCAUGCACGGCAAAAUGAGUGAUAAAAUUGAUGUCUACGCAUUUGGCAUCGUCCUCCUAGAGCUCCUCUCUGGUAAAAAGCCCAUUGACGAUAACUGUCCAAAAGGUCAGGAGAGCCUUGUUAUUUGGGCAAAGCCAAUUUUAAAGGACAGCAAUUUCUCUCAGUUGCUAGAUCCACAGCUCGGUAGUAGCUACGAAUUUCAUCAGAUAGAAAGAAUGAUUUUAGCUGCUACCCUGUGCAUUCGACGUGCGCCACUAAUAAGGCCUCAAAUUAGCCUUAUCCUGAAGCUCCUACAGGGUGACCAGGAAGUAACAAAUUGGGCACAGAAACAAGUUAGAGAAUCAGAAGAAGUUGACACCGCAGACGAGGAUUUAUAUCCUACUAACAUGGAAUCCCAUAUUAACCUUGCAUUACUACACUUGGAAGACGGUUCGCUUUCUGCAAGCAGCAACGAACAAAGUUUCCAAAUAGAGGAUUACUUGCAAAAAAGAUGGAGCCGCUCAUUGAGCUUCGCCUAGCCAUCUCAAUGCAGGUGUGUGUCGUUUAUCGUUUAUGUGAACUUUUUUCUUUCUGCUAGUUAUUAGAUCAGGUCUUGGAAGAGAGGUGGUUUAAAAGAGCUUCCCCACCUUGACUUAGGUUGUAUUUCUAGCUCAUGAUUCCCAAUUUUAUAUAUGGGCUAGUUUUCAG